UCAGUGUGAAGAGCUUUACAUACAGUGAAGGAGGGUCAGAGAGGACUUUCCGAAAUUAUUAACAGAUUAUUUUUGCGAUAUUCUUGCCAGCGACGCAUUCAAAGCUUCGUCAUGCAUGUGUUCAGGGUCUGUCACGUGCUGUGUGUGCUCGUGGCUGCGUCCUUAUGUGUGAACGAGGUUGAGUAUGAAGGGAACUACGCAGACGACUAUGACAAUGAGGUCUCUCAGGACCAGCAGGAGGCCGAGUCUCAACCCGCACCAUGCCAGCCUGAAGGUUUCUCUCGCUGGGACAAGCUCUUCAUCGCUCUGGAGGACUCACACAUGAGGCAGCUCAUGUUGCUGGCGUCUCUGGACCAGUGCCGUGGAGGAAUGGUCUCUCUCGGGGCGCAGGUGGAGAAGAUGGCCAGGGGGACGUGCCAGCAGUGUGUGCCCAGCGUGGAGUCGGCGUGCAGGGCCCAAGCGGAGCAGGCGAGUCUCGGGCUGCAGCGAGGUUUGGUGGAGCUCAGGCAGGAGGAGGCAGCGAGGGAGAGGAGGUUGAACGCCACCAUGCAGACGCUCCUGCACAGCAGACACGAGGAGAACGCCCGGCUGAGGCGGCCGGACGAGGGCAGAGGUCACAGAGCGGCGUCAUCAGGGCCGACAGACACCAGGACCAGACACCAACCGACACCAAGACCCAGAGGUUUGGGGGCAGUUCUCAUCCCAUCUGGCCUGAAGGAGCAGGAAGUAACUCCACCGCUGGACAUGGCCACGAUGGAACGGGCCCUGGUCGCCAUAGCAACAGAGCUGCAGAGAGUUCACCUGCAGCUGAUCACAGUGAUAGAGCAAGCGGAAACGUCGAGGAAAAACAGAGGAGACACAUGAAUCCAGGAGAGGGGAAGAAUAAUGAAACCAAAUUGACUGGGAACACUGCAGUGAUAUCGAUUUGCACAUUCUCAUUUUUACGUUGAUUCUUUUUUAAUGGCCUUUUUUAAAAACAGUAAAAUGAAAUGUAUUAUAAAUGUUGUGGGUUCAUUACAAUGAAUAAAAACUGAUUAAACCACCAGACCAAACCAUCAGACGCAUGGAAAGGUUUC